CUCGCAUGGGGGCCGGGAGGUACUUCAAAUCAGAAUGUUUUCACCGCUCUCAUUGACGGACAUCCUUUAUGCCUGCUUCAUCUGGCGGACCACGUGAACGGAGAUCUUAGACCUAAGAAAUACAGAUACAAUGGCUAGAAUCUAUAUGAAUACCAGCCCACAGCCCUUUGUCGACGUGCCUAGGCUGGACUUGCUGACAUUUCUAUUUGACUCCGAACACAGUGUAGCACAAGAUGAUACCAUACUUCACCUGGAAGCAGACAAGCCCUCCAACCAGCUCACCAAGGCCGAGCUUCGCAGUCUCGUCGGAAAAAUCGCUCACGGACUACGACACCGGUACGGAAUCGGAGCCAGUGGACCAAGCAAGGAUGUUGUGACGGUGAUCAGCUAUGGUCAGGUAUUAGUGCCCGCCGCAUUCUUCGGUGUCAUCGCAGCAGGUGGUGUAUACUCUGCAGCAAGUCCGUCGUCGACCGUCUCAGAUCUCGCCCGACAAAUCAAGAUCGGUAAGAGUCGUACCAUCAUAUGCAGCGCAGAAUUCAAAGACCUUGCCGCCCAAGCUGCCAAGGAGUGCGAUAUCCCCGUUGACCGCAUCCUGGUCCUCGAGUCAAGUCCAUCGCGGAAACUACAGAGCUUAGACAGCACAGUCAAUGCUCUAUCCGAUCAGACUCUCAAUUGGGAGAAGAUCACAGACCCCGAAUCAUUGAAAAAGAGUCUGAUCACUAUCUUGUGGUCUUCUGGAACGACGGGUCUACCUAAAGGCGUGAUGUUAUCUCAUGAGAACCUGGUACAAGAAGCCUACCUUGUCUCAUUACCGGGACGCGAAUGGGCAGUGAAGCAAGUCGAAGCAGGCAAGGAACUCAAACCGUACCGCACCCUGGCACACCUUCCCAUCAGCCACAUCGCAGGUCUGUUCGGAUACCUCAUCCUCCCCUUCUACUCUGGUGGCUCUGUCGUCUGGAUGCGCAAGUACGAAUGGUCGAAACUCCUGCAGUACGUGAAACAGUUUGAGAUUACGGCAUUCUACACGGUUCCAUCCAUCUACCUUCGGAUAUCCAAGUCUCCAGACGUACGGGACCAUUUCAAGAGCGUCGACGCCGCGUCUACUGGGGCUGCUCCAAUGGAUGGGGAAUUACAGAGUCAUGCGAAUUCGAAGCUGGGCACGGGAGAGACCUUCAUAGGCCAGACUUGGGGACUCAGUGAGACCACGGGAGCCGUUACCAUGAUGCCUAGAGGUCAGAGCGACGUCACGGGGAGUAUCAGUCCGAUUUUGCAGAACGUGGAGCUGAGAAUGGUCGAUGAAGACUUCAACGACGUCGAACCAGGACAAGAAGGCGAGUUACUCGUCCGCAGUCCGCUCGUGACACAAGGCUACUUCAACAACCCCGAAGCUACCAAGGCCGCAUUCCACGAUGGGUGGUUCUGCACGGGCGAUAUUGCCGUAUUGCGUAACGGCAAGUUUUACAUUGUCGAUAGGAAGAAGGAACUAUUGAAAUACAAAGGUCUCCAAGUCGCCCCGGCCGAGAUCGAGAACCUCCUGAUCACGCACCCAAAAAUCCAGGAGGCAGCUGUCGUCGGAGUCAACAUGCCAGACGACCCCGGGACCGACCUUCCACGAGCAUAUAUCGUCGCCGAUCCCAAGGAGAUAAGCGAGGAUGAGGUCAAGGAAUACGUCAGGCAACGGCUGGCACCGUACAAGCAGCUCCGCGGGGGAGUGGUGUUUGUGAAUGAGAUUCCCAAGAACGCUAUUGGCAAGUUGUUGAGAAGAGAGCUCCGGGAUCGGGCGAAGAGGGAACUAGGUCUUGGAGCUAAAAAUGCCAAGUUGUGAGACCGACCUUGACCUUCAGCGACAUAUGGGAUAUGGAGAAGUCGAUCAAGGAUCUUCUCUGUACAGUAUAUGAUGCGCAUGAGGGAAGGAAACGGACCCUCUGCGUUGACACUUGGGGACUUUCGCUGGGACUAGGCUGGUCACGUGCAGAGCGGGGAGCCUGAGGGGUAACAAACUACUACACUAACAAAUUGCCUCAA